ACCAAAGUUGGAGGUGGAACGUUUAAUGCAAAAACAGCCACACCCCCUCCUAGCCUCUCCUACUGCAUCGUCAUGGCGAUGAGCAGUGAUCCUGGUUCCAUGGGGGCGGACUUUGACACAGAUUCCUCACAGACUUCUGAGAUGGCUGACAAGAUGUCGGCUGUCUCCUUGAGGUCUGAUCCCUCCUCCAAUGGAGCAAAGAAUGGAACAGGUGUUAAGAAAGCUCCACCCCAGAGGCCACACCUGUCAGGCAGGAAGAUGUCAUUGCAGGAAAGAGGGACAUAUGUUUCUUCUGGGGGCGGAGCAGACCGCUAUUCCCAAAUCACAGCACGAGUGGCCAGACAUCCAACCGUUGAGUCUAAACGAGUGUCCAUCUCAGAAUCACAGGAUUGCAUUCAGCUUAACCAGUACAAGUUAAAGAGUGAGAUUGGAAAGGGCUCAUAUGGCGUUGUCAAGUUGGCGUAUAAUGAGGAUGAUGACAAAUAUUACGCAAUGAAAGUUGUGUCUAAGAAGAAGCUGAUGAAACAGUAUGGUUUUCCACGUCGCCCUCCUCCCAGAGGUCCUAAAGCAGCCCAAGGAGAGCAGCCCAAGGUGCUUGGUCCUUUGGAGAGAGUUUACCAGGAGAUUGCCAUUCUGAAAAAACUGGACCACAUAAACAUUGUUAAACUGGUUGAGGUGCUGGACGAUCCGGCAGAGGACAACCUUCACAUGGCAUUUGAGCUGAUGCAGAAGGGGCCUGUGAUGGAGGUCCCCACCGAUAGUCCCUUCAAUGAGGACCAGGCACGCCACUACUUCAGAGAUAUUGUUCUGGGCAUCGAGUACUUGCACUAUCAAAAGAUCGUUCACAGGGAUAUUAAGCCAUCUAAUUUGUUGCUGGGAGAUGAUGGUCAUGUCAAGAUUGCUGAUUUUGGAGUCAGUAACCAGUUUGAGGGUAAUGAUGCCUUGCUGUCUAGCACUGCUGGCACUCCUGCUUUCAUGGCCCCAGAGACGCUAUCAGACAAUCGCAAGAGCUUCAGUGGAAAGGCUCUGGAUGUAUGGGCUAUGGGAGUGACUCUCUAUUGUUUUGUUUAUGGGAAGUGCCCAUUUAUUGAUGAGUACAUACUGGGACUUCACAAUAAGAUCAAGAGUAAGCUGGUGGAGUUCCCCGAGAUGCCAGCUGUCAGCGAGGAGCUGCAGAACCUGAUUUUACGAAGUUUGGACAAAAACCCAGACACCAGGAUCACCAUUCUUGAGAUCAAAGUGGACCCCUGGGUAACUCAGAAUGGGGCAGACCCAAUGCCUUUAGAAGAAGAGCAUUGUACUGUGGUGGAAGUCACUGAAGAAGAAGUGCAGAACUCUGUAAAGUUUGUCCCCAGCCUGUCUGCUGUGAUAUUGGUCAAAGCCAUGUUAAGGAAGCGUUCCUUCGGGAAUCCAUUUGAGUUUCCCAGCAGAAGAGAGGAGAGAGCCAUGUCUGCACCAGGCAGUCUGCUCAUAAAAGGAAGCAGUGGAGAGACUGGUAGAGAAGUGGAGCUUGAGGACUUGCAUGAGGAUGAACCACCCACCUCCUGAAAGUCUCUACAGAUCUUCACAGCUCAUGAUGUCCUCCAUUCAAACAUUUGCAACACUACGAGCAGAUUCAUGACCCAAACCGCACCGCUACACUCUAUUUUCAGGACCUAACCUUGACUUCAAACUGGAUUCUUCUAUUCCAUCCUUCAGUCUUUUCACUUUCCUCAGUCUUUCAAAAGAAUCACUUUCACACUCUUUGAGUCCAUCAUAGUAACAGUUCUCUUUUCAUGAGGCAUUUUAGGUCUGAGUAUGUUCCCUUUCCUCAGUCCUACCUGGCUAAACUGGGUAGGAUUACAUAAUUUUCUCCUUCUCAAAGUUUGGAUCUUUCCAACUGUGUCACAUUGUUUUUUUCUCAUCCAUGCUAAGCAAUUGGAAUCUACACUGAACCAGAAAGACAGACACUGAAAUACAGACUAUGCCACAAGUUGUCUUGAGCAUAGGCCUACAGCAUGGAUAAAAGAUUAUGAUGUGAACUUGGGUCUUGCCUUUUGCACUUUGUAUACGUUAACGUGCAGUUCUUGACCCUAUCUGACUUAACAUGCCUGAAAUAUGGCCUUUUCAUGUUAUGGUGAAAUAUGGUGUUUCCAUAUCUCUUGUUUCUUUUUUUCUGUUUUAUACCAUCUAUAUUUUCUCAUUUAAUUCAGACACAAUAUAUGACCACACACACACACACACACACUAGUAGACACUAAGACUUUAAAGAGCCCUCUCAGAGUAGAAAUGUCUCAAAAAUGCACAUUCUGCAAAUUCUAGAAAACAGGGCUUUCUCAUGAAACAUUCAUUAUGCAUGCACCUCAUCUCUCACACAGGGACCAUAUUUUUGCCCAAUAGGACAUAUUCCUGGAUCAACAUCCUUAGGGGUCUUUCAGACCGCAUUAGUUGUACUCGUUCUCAACAAAAAUGGUGUCAGGACAUCCUUCGAUUUAGGGUUAGAAUUAGUGUUAGGACAGUCUUGACCUAUCGCAUAUUGUACACAAAACUGGAAAAUAAUGUAUUUGAUCAAUCUGGUAAACACUACUCUGAUUGGCUGGUUUGAUGCAACUUCCUCAAAUAAGGGCACAUAUUGUAGGCUUCUUAUAUCAGUCAGCCUGGAAACAAAAACUUUUGAGGUUGAAAUAAUUUAUGGAUUUGCAAAAGUUAGUCAGGUUAUUGAUAUCAAAUCUUUUAAAGAUACUCUGAAUUGUAUAUUCUUCUUUGUUUUAUUAGUUAAGUCUCUGAAAUAGUCUGCAUUUAUUUUCUGUACUGUACUUCUCCUUACUAAAUAACUUACUGCUAUUUUUCCAUGCGUUUCUGAUGAAAUCAUAGCGGAGACUAACGCAACUUUAUUUAAAUGAAUUUGUUCCAUGUUGGUCUAUUAUUGUGGUAUUAACCUGCUCUUAAACAGCACAUACUGUAUGAACAGUAUGAACUGUGUUUUAUUGCUUAACAUGUCAGUCAGUCGACACUUCUUGUCUAGGUAGAAGUAAGUUGCAGUGUGUGCCAGACAUUUUGCUAUUAAGUCAAGUUUGACUAGGCAAGGCUAGGAUUAGUCUUAGUGCGGGGGUUGGGGCUUCCAAAAAAUUAUAAUCAACCAAUUAUUUCCCAUUGGUUUUUGUGGUAAUGGUUAGGACUGUUUAUUUGAUACAAAUGUUGUUCCAGGACCAACAAAAGAUAUUGAACCCAGGAACACGUCCUACUGUUCUUGGCAAAAUCAUGGCCACCUCUCUCACACACACAUUAUAACAAUGCUUUGUCUAACUACAGGAAAAGAAUGUGUCAUUGUUUACAGAGUCUGCACAUUCCAAAAGGCCUGUUUGUCAGUCAGCAGCAUUAAAAGGCUCACAAACACACUCACAAACAUUCCAUUAUAUGCUGAUGUGAAAUCACUUUCACUCAGAACAGACAAGCCAAUUGAGGGAAGGGUCUGAAUAUGGUGUUUAGCUCUGGAGCGAAAGUGAACUGCCAUUCAAUGUCACCACGGUUCUUCUCGGCUUAGAUUAACAAUACGCCUUGUUUGCGUCAGAUUCUCUACCAGGCGAGCCAAUCAUCUCCUCAUCCUAAACUGCAAAUUCAGAAUGCAAAAAUAUUCUUAUCGUGGACAACCAUUUUAACUGCACAUUGGCAAGCAUGACAUUUUAUUAUAAGCACUGACAAAGCACUCCUAUUUUCAUUUGAUUUUUGUAAUUGUGAAAGCCUCAUCGAGCCUGGUUCUGUUUUAAUGUAUUUUACAAGAACAAAACUGGAUGCUUUAUCAGGUCAGCUGCCAAUCAGUUCCCAUUAAACUGAUUAUGAAAGCAGUGAGCGCUUACUGGAAACUGUUUCACUUAUUUAGAGGACUGUUUAUUGCUUAUUUCAAGGCCUAGUGAUAAGCUACAGUGAACUGCUUUCAUUAUAUUCUCACUAAUAUCCUGAGCAGAUGGUGGUCCAUUUUCCUGACUCCUACACAUUCUUCCCAUCUCUCUAUUUCUUUCUGUUUUAUGCACACACUCCUUGUAGAUUGCUUCUUGUCGAUACAAUUGUCUACUAAAACGGAAAAACACAGGAAUACAAUUUUCAGUAACACUUUACAAUAAAGUUGUGUAGAUUAACAUUAGUUAACAUGAACUAACAAACAGCAUUUAUUAACAUGGGUUCAUGUUCAUUUCUACAUUAUAUAUUUUUAACAUUAAAAGUUAGACAUUAACAUAAGUACAUAUUUUUUUCAUUAUGCAUAAUCUAACGAUGAACAAUUUUACAUUUAUAAAUUAAAAUUAACCAAGAUUAAAAAAUGCUGUAAACAAAUUGGGUAAAACUUUAUAACACGGCUGUAUUUGUUAACAUUAGUUAAAGGAACAUUUUGGGUUAAAUGCAAGUUAAGUUAAAUCGACAGCAUUUGUGGCAUAUUUUUUACCACAAAAAUGUAUUUAGACUUGCCCAUCCCUUUUUUUUUUUUUUAUCAAAUAUUCAGGUACCAGAGUGGCACACACACACACACACACACACACACACACACACACACACACAUAUAUAUAUAUAUAUAUAUAUAUAUAUAUAUAUAUAAUAUUUUUUAUUUUAUUUAAUUGUAUAGUUUGAUAACUUUAAGUAAUGCAUUACGAACUAACAUGAAUGAACAAUUGUAUUUUCAUAAAUUAACAGGAACCAACUAUAAUCAAUGCUAUAAUAAAAAACUGUUCAUUGUUCGUUCAUGAAACCUAAUGCAUAAAUUCAUCUUAUUGUAAAGUGUUACAACAUUUUUAGUGCCAAACGACUGGUCUUUUUAUGGUCCGUUGGUAUGGAGUAUUUGAUCCAUGCAUUAAAUGGAGUCUCAUCUCUUUUGUUUUAAAUGCACUGAGACUCUGUAUGUUGUACUCAGGGUCUGGACACUACUGUUCUGGAAAUGUACAGAGAGAGUGGUGUAGCAUAUUCUGUGUUCAGGAGUUCUAAGAUGUGUUUAUUUACUGUAAAAAUAAUUAUGCAUCCAUUUAUGCACAUUUCAAUUUCUAUAUGUGUCUAAAAAAUUAACAGUCCUCUUGUCAGUUAGUUCUUGAUGUAUGCUAUGCACCUGUUUGUGUCUUUAUGUACGGCAUAUUCCUUAACUUGCUAUAAACUUUUACUAGGUUUUACCUAUCUCUAGGUUUGGUAUUCCUUUUUAUAUCUAUGUGAGAAAAACAAAUCACCUCUAUCUCUAAAACCCCUUUACAUAUUUCUGCAGGACUUUUCUAUAAGCUAAACAUAUGCAGCAGUCUAUAUGUUAUACCUCUGUGUGCAUUCAACUGAAGUGCAAAGGCUUUAUAUCCUGUUUUUUGUUGCAGCUCAUGUGCAGUAUAGAUUGCAGGCUUGAUCACUUAUAGUUUUUUUUUUAGAGUGUGUCCACAAUUGCAAAGAUUUGUUUGUCAUGAAUCUAAAAGAAGAGAGAGAAAUGCAACCAUUUUUAGCCCAACUUGGGCACUUUGUAGCUGAAUAACAUUCCUGCUAUCAAAGCUUUUAUGGUUUUACCUUUUAAAGUGAUAAAUGAGCAUUUUAGGGAUCAUAAAAUUUUGUCAUCAUUUACUCACUCAUAGUUUUCAAAACCCAUAUGACUUUCAAAAUAAAAAAAAAAAUUUUUUUUUCAUACAAGUGAAUGGAGACUGAGGCUAAGAUUUUGAUUGCCAUUUCCUUUUGUGUUCUAUGAAGGAAAGUCAACAAAAUGAGGGUGAGUUAAUGAUUACAAUUGAAUUUGAGAGAAUUAUCUUUUAAAAUGUCCCUUUCUAACAAAAGUCAUUUGAGGGAUUUUAAGAGACUUUCAUUGCAAGGUAUAUUAGUAGGUGUAUAUAAAUCUCGAAAACACUGUCUUCCUCAUAUACCUGCUGUUUGAUCUUCUGAGUUAUUUGUGGCAGAGCGCUUGAUAUUGCUGGUUAAUUUAUAGUUGUCUGUAUUCUGCUGCAUUGAUUUUGAAUGUAACUUGUUAACAUGUAAUUCCAAGAAAAUAGACAAAAAAAAAAAAAGAGCAUGGCCCAAGAAAGCACUGAAUGCAACUCUAACCAUGUACUGUAAAUAUGUACCAAAGCAUAUAAAGAUGUUAUUUUUUGCAUGCUUUUUGUACACGUAGACAUAAUCAAAGCAAAUAAAAAUAUCACAAGUGA